AUGUCAGCCGGUCCUGAGCUUGAUAAUAGCGCUGUGUUGGAGUGGCUAGAAGCGUUCCACAGGGCGAGUGCUUCCCUCGACGCCGACCGAUGGCUUGACGAAUUCAUGACCGAAGAUGUGGAGAUGCAAUACGCAAAUAACGCCGUCAUCAAGGGCAGCGAGAUCCGCUACUUUGACUAUGUCGCCCCUCGUAUCUAUCAAGCUGCGACCAUCCGAUAUCUUGUCAAAGGCGACAAUCCAGUCACCGACGAAAUUACUAUACCCGGUUUCGCGGUGUUCUCUGUCCGGAAAGAUGAUGACGGGCGUGUGAAGUGCUAUCGGGCAGAGACCUUCCUGGAGCCAUCGGCAGUAUUCCAACGAAUUGCUGAGAAAUCAAGCCAGCCAUAG